AUGCCAGCCUUCCCCAUCUGCGAUCCCCCUACCCAACCUCUAGUCCCCUACCAGGACAUGGAGGACACCGGCCUUCCCUUCGAAGCGGCCCUCCAACGCCUUCGCUCCACUCUCACCGAAGCCCUUGCCUUCUUCAACCAGCUGAGCUACAGCUUCAUCCAAGACACCAAGACCGUCAGCAACUACACCAAGACUCCGAUCCUGGACCAGAUCUGGAGGGCGAAAGUUGCCGCUGCUAAGCAUGGACUUCCCCAGAAGCAGUUGCCCGAAAGUACCUGGCAGAAACACAAAGCUACCCUGAAGGCCAAGAUAAUGGGCAGCGAUGACAACGGUAACAACUAUGUGAACCCAUGUGCCAUGACCACUGGCUUCCACGACUACAUCAAACGCAUCCAGAAAGACCUCUUCGAGACAAUCCAUGCCCGCUGGCCGCGAGGAAUCAAAACCGGCCUGGAACCUGAAAUGACAUUCAACAUUGCGCUAAUCUGUCUGAACUAUAUGUACCACCGCAUGGCUGAGUUUGCGAGUAAUCUGCAGCGGUUCGACAAGGAGAUCCAGCACAGCCAUUCUGUGUUCCGGGGCUUUGUGAGGGAGGCGGAGUUGUUGCAGAUUUCGUUGGAGCAGAAUGAAGAGUAUUGGCAGCACUGA